GAUGGAGAGGAAUACGUCGUCGUUUUCUUGCGAUAGACAAAUGAGUGGGACGGUCAGAGAGCCUCUUCUGGUCAAGAAUAGAAUCAACGCGACGUCGCAGAUUGCCAUUGUCGGCGCCAAUGUUUGUCCUAUCGAAAGCCUCGAUUACGAAAUUGUUGAAAACGACCUCUUUAAGCAGGAUUGGAGAUCUAGGAGUAAGGUUCAAAUAUUUCAGUAUGUCGUGCUCAAGUGGACACUUUCACUUCUUAUAGGAUUGAGUACAGGUGUUGUUGCCUUCUUCAAUAACCUCGCGGUGGAGAAUAUUGCUGGCUUUAAGUUGCUACUCACCACUGAUCUUAUGUUUCAGCGAAAGUAUUUUCAGGCAUUUGCAGCGUAUGCUGGUUGCAACAUGGUUCUGUCAAUGUGUGCUGCAGCCCUCUGUGCUUAUAUUGCCCCUGCAGCAGCUGGAUCUGGCAUACCUGAGGUGAAAGCUUAUCUUAAUGGUGUGGAUGCCUACUCUAUAUUGGCACCAAGUACCCUAUUCGUAAAGAUUUUUGGAUCCAUUUUUGGAGUUGCUGCUGGAUUUGUUGUGGGCAAGGAAGGACCCAUGGUUCACACUGGCGCUUGCAUAGCUGCCUUACUUGGACAAGGAGGUUCCCGCAAGUAUCAUUUGACUUGGAAAUGGCUCAGAUACUUCAAAAAUGAUAGAGACCGAAGGGAUUUAAUCACCUGCGGAGCUGCUGCUGGUGUGGCAGCUGCUUUCCGUGCCCCAGUUGGUGGUGUCCUCUUUGCUCUUGAAGAAGCAGCCUCAUGGUGGCGGAGUGCUCUUCUUUGGAGGACCUUUUUCACAACUGCUAUUGUAGCUAUGGUGUUGAGAUCUCUCAUUCAAUUUUGUCAGAGUGGAAAAUGUGGGCUUUUUGGGCAAGGAGGUCUGAUAAUGUUUGAUGUUAGUUCUGCAGUGCCGGCUUAUGACACUGCAGAUCUGCUGGCAGUUAUGUUCCUUGGCAUCAUUGGAGGCAUUUUAGGAAGCCUUUACAAUUACCUUGUGGACAAGGUCCUUCGGAUCUACAGUAUCAUCAAUGAGUAUACUCUUCUGCCCCUGCUUCUAGUCAUGAGAUUUUGCUGGAAAAACGAUCUUAAUUACUAUCAAAGACUUUCAGAACACGUGUAUUCUAUUUUACUAUGUGUAAUCUACUAAUUUGUGAAAAUAUUCGUGAUCACUAUCUUGUAAACAAUCUCCACCAGAAUAUUCUAGUAUUUUGACAAAGAAUGUGGGCCUUAUCAAUUUUAUCUGCAUUAGUUUUUACCUGUGGACUUUAUUCACUUUAGAAUUUUUAUAAACCAAUUGUAGUCUUAACUUUGUCUUGUUAUAUGCUGUAAGAUUAGCUCCUGAAAUUUCUCAAUUCAUGAACUGGAUUGUCUAUAGAGCAACUACCUUAAAUUGAGAAUUUGUAGAAAGCAUAGGAGUAUAUGUCUAGCUAGAUUAAGUUGCAAGUUGUUUUACUUUUUAUCAUACUAAUCUUUGUUUGAAUUGCAGGAGAGGUCCCAUUUUUAAAAUCCU